AAUCCUCCAACAGAAGAAGGUUAUGUUAAAACAGAACCUGUAACAGAAGCCAAAGAUGAAACACCAGUCAAAACUAAUCUGAAGAGAAUUACUAGAAAGGAUAGAAUACCAGUUUUGAGUAAAGAUCAUAAAAUAACGAAGAAAGAUGACGGAGUUAAGAAAGAUGACGGAGUUAAGAAAGAUGAAUCAGUUAAAACAGAGCAAAUUGAAAAGUUAGAUGAUGAAUUUGAUAAACUUUAUGAUGAAAUUGUUGACAAUGAUGCAAGCUUACCUGAAGAGAUCCUAGAAGUUAAAGUUAAAGACCCUGAGAAACUUGAAAUUAAGUUUGAAGAAAUAGUUCAUCAAUAUGACGAUGCACCGAUAGAGCAGGUUAAAUUAGAACCAACUGACAAGGCGAGAUAUUCUAAAAUACCACUACUUAGACGCAGGAGUUCGCAUGAUGUAAAGUUACCCGGACGACUCGAAAGAAGAUUGUCACUCAAAACAGGUACAACAAAUAAAUCAACUCCAGUAGGCGAUCAAGAAGCAAAUAGGAGUAUAGUGAGGAAAAAAGACAUUGAUAAACCAAAUAACGUUACGGAAAAUAAUAAAGUACAAGUAUCCGAUAAUACUAACAGUGAAAAUGCAGUUGAGGAAAACAAUAAUGAUGAAAAUAAUGCAGAUCGUUACAUCGGAACGGAAUCCCCACCUCUAAUACCAGAUUAUAAUACAAUUCCAACUCCAGAUUCUGAACUAGUAAAAGUUGGAAUAUUCGGAAUAUCUACCCGAAACAUUCCCUUAGAAGAAACAAAACAAAAUGUAACAACGCCUGAGCUUGAAACGGUCAAAUUAGCUGUUAUAGAUAUACCUGCUGAAGAACCACAGAUACACAAUAGUCAAGAUAUUAAGUUAAUAGAAACAAAACCUACCCACCCACCUGAAAUACAAGAUAAUAUGUAUAUACCAAGAACAGAUAAUAAGCACGAAAUAGAAGAUAAUGUUUAUUUAUCUGAAGAAAAUAAUACUGAUGUUCCGAAUAAUUCAACGGAAGAAACUUAUUUGAAUGAUGAAAAAGACUCUAUUAAAGUAGCAAUCACAAAUGAUAAUAAGCACGAAAUAGAAGAUAAUGUUUAUUUAUCUGAAGAAAAUUAUACUGAUGUUCCGAAUAAUUCAACGGAAGAAACUUAUUUGAAAGAUGAAAAAGACUCUAUUAAAGCAGCAAUCACAAAUGAUGACCCAGUUCCGAAUAAUUCAACGGAAGAAACUUAUUUGAAAGAUGAAAAAGACUCUAUUAAAGUAGCAAUCACAAAUGAUAAUAAGCACGAAAUAGAAGAUAAUGUUUAUUUAUCUGAAGAAAAUAAUACUGAUGUUCCGAAUAAUUCAACGGAAGAAACUUAUUUGAAAGAUGAAAAAGACUCUUUUAAAGUAGCAAUCACAAAUGAUGACCCAGUUGAUCACAAUAAAAUCAAUCGUAUCGUAUAUACUGAUAAUGAUUUAAAAUCUUAUAAUUUAUUGAAAAAUACGAGUAAUAUUGAAGAAGGAACCAAAUCUAGAUAUAUAGACAAGCCACCAAAAGAAGAAACAAAACCAAAUAAUGUUGCAAAAUUAGAAGAAGAUAUACCUAAGGGAAAUAUUAGUAGGAUUGUGAAAAGGCUUACUUUGCAAGAAAGUUCCACUGAGAACACUGAUAAAAAUAUUGAUAAAGAAGUAAUAGAUGCAAAGAAAGAAAUAAACGAUAUUCCUAAAAAGAAGUCAGUGCUUUCUAAAAUUGCAAUGUUUGAGCGUGGUGACCCAAAACCUCCAAAACCCGAAACAUUAACACACAAAUAUUCAAAACCAGUGCGAACUAUUAGCGAAGAAAUAAAACACUCACCAAAAAUAGUUCAAGAAGUCCUUAAACCCAGAGGCGUACAGACAGACAAACAUACUAUCGUUACUGUUGAUAUCGUGAGACCUGCUGAGGUUAUAACUAAUAAUGAAGAAGAAAUACCUGUUGUAGAGAAUUUGAAAGAAAAUAUAGUCACUUAUGAUAACUUUGACGAUGCUCGACUCAAUAAAACCGAAAAUAUAUUUCAUGAUGUUCUACCGUCUAAAGGUGUACAUACAAACAAACAUACAGUUGUUACUAUUGAUGUUAUAAAGCCUGUCGAAGUUGUUGAGAAUAACGAGGAGCAAGUAACGGUUGUAGAAAAUUUGAAAGAAAAUACAGUCGCUUAUGACAACUUUGAUCAUGACAGACUGAGCAAUAUAGAACCAACUGAAGUUGAACCAAAGAGCAUUAUUAUUGUGGAUAAUGAUACUGUAUUAACAUAUAUUAGUAGAAACCAUGAUAACUAUAAUAAAUCAGAAGGAAGAUGCGAUAAUGCAGAAGGUGAACUUAAAAUAGAACAAGACAAUAAACCAAAAGGCGAGUUUCUUAAAGAUGACGACAAUAACGAACCAGCACCAAUUAAUAAAAUGAGACUUAAUAAUGAUUACAGUAAAGAAAAAUGGAAAAGCACAGACGCUCUUACAGAUUUCCUUCCAGUGAAAGAAAAAAUAAAUAGACUCAAAUCUUAUGAAGACACAAAUAUGAAAAGGGCCAAAUCUACAGCAGAGUUGGACUUAGGAGAUACCGUGAAAGGGAAAGUAAAAAAGAUGAUUGUUAGAAUGAAUUCGUCCGAAUUGCUAGAUGAUGUGAGACCGAAAGAGGUAGAAGUAAUAAGUGCGAAAGAGAGGCCUAGAAAGAGAUCGGUCUCGGAGAAAAUUGCCUUGUUCGAGAGAAAACUUACACCAGUGACAAUGGACUACGUGAAAUUGCAAAACACCGGCCGCACUCUGAACCCCCACUCCAAACCUGUCAGCACUGUCAACGCCGUACAUGUCAACAGCAAACCUGUCAACGCUGUCAACGCCGUAUCUGUCAACGUUGUGACUAAUGGCACACAGAUAGAGGCAGAUAUAGAUUAUGCAGCUAAACUAAAAGAGCUGAAUAAUGCUAAGAUCAAGUAUGGAAGCGUCAGCAACAUGAGUUACAUACCGCUGAGAGACGGGAGGAAAAUGCCGAUUAUCGCCCUUGGGACUGCCUUGCUGGACCCCAAGCUAGCCACACACAUAGUGGCAGCGGCCAUAGACCUCGGCUACCGGGCCAUAGACACGGCGUUUAUCUAUGGCAAUGAGAAGGAGGUGGGCGAUGGCAUACGGGCGAAGAUACUAGAUGGCACUGUUAGACGUGAGGACCUAUUCAUCAUGAACAAGAUGUGGAGCACCUUCCACCGCCCGGACCUGGUGGAGCGCGCCUGCCGCGCCUCCCUGGCGGCCACAGGCUUGGAAUACUUCGACCUGUAUAUGAUCCACAAUCCCAUGUCGUUCAAGGAAGGCGGCGACCCCCUCCCAAAGAUCGCCAACGUGCUGCAAUUCUCUGACUACGAUUACCUGGACGCCUGGUUUGCCAUGGAGAGCCUGGUGUCCAAGGGUCUGGUGCGCAGCAUCGGCGUGAGCAACUUCAACUCUGCGCAGCUCGACAGGGUGCUGGAUAAAGGCAGGAUCAAGCCUGUGGUCAACCAGGUGGAAUGUCACCCGUACCUCAGCCAGCAGCGCCUCUCCGACUUCUGCGAGACGCGCAACGUGCGUCUGAGCUGCUUUGGCGUGCUGGGCUCCAAGGGGACCCCGGCGGACUUAAAAGCCUCACAGGCAGCUGCUAUUGAUGACCCGUUAGUCCAGGUCAUGGCUGCUGGACUGGGGAUCAGUCCAGCACAGCUGCUCAUUAGAUACCAGGUCGACAGCGGGCACGGCGUGGUGGUGAAAGCGUCCUCGGCCGCGCACCUGUGGGACAACCUGCGGGCGCUCCGGGCGGCGCUGGAGCCCGGGCAGCUCGCCGCCAUACACGCGCUCAAUAAGAAUAGGAGGACAUUCACUUUUGUGGGAAUGGGCGACACCCACAAGAAUUAUCCUUUCAAGAUUGCUUUUUAAUCUGUAUGGGACUUUGUAUGAAAAAGUACCGUGAAUU